GAUAAUUGUUGUACCGGUUUCUGACAACUUGCUAUUUGGUGACCGGUACUUUUGUUUAUAUUUCCGGCAUGCAAAUGAUUUCGAGGGAUUCUUGAAGAAACCACAUGGUAAAUUUAAAAUUAUGGAAUUUCAAGUCACUAAUGCUCCUGAAAAAUAGAACCCGAAAUAUAAUUCAGUUAAACAGGCCCAGAAUAUUCUAGCCCAAUCCAAAUACAUAUAGUCAUCACUCAUCAUCCAUCAUGGCCAAGAGCCUCUGCGCUAAUUUUCCCCUUCAUCUUUAAUCAAGGCAUCACCGCGGCGGAGCCGCCCCGUAGAUUGACAAAUUCUCUUAUCAUGGCGCACUCCGCCGACUCUUUACCGCCCGAACUCGUCACCGAAAUACUUCUCCGCCUUCCGGCGAAAUCAUUGCUCCGAUGCAAGUCGGUCUGCAAAUCAUGGCUCUCCUUAAUCUCAAACCCUAGCUUCAUCAAAUCUCACCUCAACUUCGCAUUACUCGCUUCCAAGACUAAACCAACGCUACUCGUUAUCGAAUAUCCGCACGAACAAGUUGCACUAGAUAUGAACGACUCUCUAAUACACAUCAACUGUGUUGUUAUGCCAUGGUGUUUUGUUACACAUGUUCUUGUUGUUGGUACUUGUAAUGGGAUUGUAUGUUUGGACACUAUGCAUGGUGCGGAGGUGUGUUUGUGGAAUCCGUGUACUAAUAUGUGGAAGAGAGUUUGGGCUCUACACGUGGCAGCGCCACGCGUGCUUAUCGGUUAGGGUUUGGCUAUGAUAGUGUUUCGGAUGAUUAUAAGGUUGUUAGGUUUGUGUACGAGGAUUUGGAUGAUCAUGUGCCAGCUGUGCAGGUGUAUUCGAGUAAGGCCGAUUGUUGGAGGCAAUUUCAGGAUCCUGUUCUGAGCAAGUGGAAGUGUAACCCGUAUGGGCAAAUUGAUUGUGUUGUAAACGGGGUGUUAUAUUUGGAUUGUGAUUAUAAGUUGGUGUCAUUUGAUUUUCAUGAAGAGGUGUUUUGAGAAGUUUUAUUUCCUAUAGAUUUUGGGGGGAGAAAGAGGUCGGAUGUUUUGGAUUACGAAGGUUGUGUUGCUAUGAUGUUUGAAUCCGUUGGUGAUGACGGGGUACUAGUUGGAGUUGAUUUAUGGACGUUGGAUGAUGUAUCGGACAGAAUUUCUUGGACGAAAAGAUUCAGUGUGAAGGAUGAUUGGGAAAUGUGGCUCUCUGGUUAUUUGGGAGUUGGACAGUUUCAUGGAGGCAUGUCAUUCGAUCAAACUUGGCACUUGUAUGACUCUGAGAAGAAAGAACUUAGAUUUUAUAGAGGUAGAGAAUACGAGGUUCUUGCAACUUUGAGAUACACGGAGUCACUAAUUGUCUCGUUUGAUGGUUUUGAACAAGUGCAGGAGAAUGACACCUCUAAUCGUCAUUAUGGAAGAAGCAAAUUGGAGGGGGUCCAUUGUAUUCAAUAGAGUUGUAGUCAAUUAAAUCAUGACACGUGUCAUUUGAGAUUCAUUUGGAUGCUCCAUCAUUUUCCCUCAUUUUUGAUUCAAACCGUGAAAAAGAAUUGUAUGACCCUUCUAACUCGCAUGCCUUUUCUUUCGACGGCUAAAGAGGAUCCAGUAGCAGGAAAUCAGAUGGACAAAAAAAGGGGUCAAUCGAAUGUGUGACCAUUGGUCAAGUUUUGAGGUCAACUAGUGCUCCAGGGACCAUGCUCUCUUGAAUGGUUUUUUCUUCCCAUACUUAUUAAACAGUUGAUCUAAAGCAAAUCACGUGUAUUAUGGGCAAUUAUCUGUCAUGGAAAUUUUGAAUGCUGUUAAUAUAUGAAACUUGGAAUCAGUUUUUUUGUUGAAAAAGAUAGCAAGGUUGUUUCAUGUUUGUAUCAUAAUCUUUCCAACUGAGGAGUCUUGUGCAUCAGAUUCGUCGUUUUCUGGGGUCAUCCCCCAAUUACCUUCAAAUCCAGGAGCGUGAUGCUAAAAGCAUAUUCUCUACGGCACCUCAGACAUGAAUAUAACUCUACAAAAUCGGUUGAGAAACUCAAAGAAGAUUCUGACUACCAAAUCAACCGAUGUAAAAUUAUUGUUCAGGCAUUUUGUAUUUUAGAUGGCAGGACACUCAAAUCUGGCCCUGUGGGGCAAUUCAGACUGAAAGGAACCAAGCAACCGCAUAAUCAUAUAGAAAUCCAAUUAAAUGAGUGUGUUGGAGACCAGUCCCAAUUCCCAUAAAUAAGCCGAAACCAACUAAAUUUUUUAGAAGAAAGUGAGUAAAAGUGGGUGGCAAAAUACAACAGAGUUUAAGAAUGUAGAGAAAUGUUGUUAUCAAGACAGACAGAGAUGAUGCCCGGGAAAGAAUCUUC